AUGUUGAAUCCUGUCACUUUUGAAGUUGAGGCAGUCAUAAAAACAAUACAAAGUAAAAGCGCUUCCACGGAUGAUAACAUAAAAGCCGAACCGAUCAAACACACAUCUAUCAUUAUAAAGGUCGUUCAAGCCAUCACCCAGAUCCACCACCUACGACUUGGCGGGAAGGACUACCCAACAUACACGUAUGUGGCCUCCCCGGACAACUCCAUCAAAGGGGUAGUCCACGACAUCGAACCGGGUUCCAGCCCCGAAAAACUCCUCCAUCACAUAGAGGCCCCAGGAUACAGGAUCCUGCAUGCCCGUCUGCUGGGCAACACUGGCACGGCCCUCGUCACGUUUGAGGGACGGAAGAUCCCCCCGUACGUCCAGUACCAGAGCGCGCUUCAGCGCUGCUUCCCCUACCGGCCCAUCAGACAGGUUUGCACUAAAUGUCUGGUGGCGGGGCAUCGGGCCGACGUCUGCCCCACGCCGCACAUAAAAAUAUGCCUCAAGUGUGCAGUACCCAACCCCCCAACCGACCAUGUGUGCGCCCCGAAGUGCACCCAGUGCCGCGGCGACCAUCCCACCAAUGAUACAAGCUGUCCGCAGCGGUUUGCCAAACCCCGAGCAACUCAGCGCGUCAGCCGCCCAACAACCUCGGGGAAACCUGCCCGGCCCAAACAGACACCGGCGGGAGCAUCCGCCAAGCAGGAAGCCACCAGUGGCCAGGCUCUUCAAUCGGACAACACCCGGACGGAGCCCUACACCGACACGCAGCAGGAAACUGGUAUCAUCCCCACCCUAGCAGGCUACCAAGCCUUUACCUCCCCAGACCAUCCGCAGGUGGCCACGCUAAUUGCUAACCACAUUACGGCUAAGCAACACACCAUUGCGGGGACCUCAAUUGGACACGUUCUAGUUGAACUCCUCCCCACGCGCAGGCAUUCCCCCAGUCUUUUCGUACUUAAUAUAUACAGCCCUCCUAGUCACCGUAAAGACGCAUUUGAACGCAUAUUCUCGAGUGAUUUAACCUUAUCCCAACAAAAUCUUCUCAUUGUUGGCGACUUCAACGCCCCACAUCAGGCUUGGGGCUAUCCCAAGGCCACGGCCAAGGGAAAUCGGCUAUACGAAACGAUAUGUCAACAUCAGCUCACCACCCUUACCGAUCCCACUUGCCCGACGCGAACAGGCAACAGCAUCACAAGGGACACUUGUCCCGAUCUCGCCUUCGUAAAAUUCACCCCUCACGCGGAAUGGACCAACACAGAGGAAACCCUCGGGAGUGAUCAUUCCAUAAUUGAAAUUGAAAUCGCUCUCAAUUCGCAAAGAAAAGCCCUUCGGAAGCAGGCGCUUACUGACUGGGACGCCUUCCGAAAAGCGCGAAAGGACAAAAACUCCCCCUCACCUCCAGACUUCGAAUCUUGGCUCCAGCAACUAUGCGUGGACGCUAAAGAACCCACAAAAUUACUUACCCUCACCCCAGAUACCCCAGCAGUAGAUCCAUACCUUCUCCAUCUCUGGGAGGCCAGGCGAGGCCUCCUUAAACGAUGGCGCCGCCAAAGGCUUAACCGCAAACUUAAAUUAAAAAUUGCUACACUGACAGAGGAGGCGUUCCAAUAUGCCUCCAAAUUAGCGCAGUCUAACUGGCACCAGGUAUGUGACAGGUUUCAGGGCACGUUGAGCACCGCCACGUGGUCCUUCCUGCGGCACCUGCUCGAUCCCACCAAAGGCAAACGGCACUCAAGCCAGACGCUCCGAAAAAUAAUCCACGAUCACCCGGGCACGAAUGCUGAUAUACUUCGGGACCUCACCGAGAGAUACAUUGGCCCAACGAUCAACACAGACUACCCCAACUACAGGGGGUCCGCCAAUCCCGACCUGGACAGACCUUUCACGACAACGGAGAUCACCCAUGCUGUGCUUACCCUCACGAGAAACACGGCCCCUGGUAAAGAUGGAAUCCAGAACCGCCUCCUUCGCAAAUUCGAUCCUGACUCUCUCGAAGACCUCACCACGUACUUCAACCAGAUCUGGGAAACCCACAAACUCCCGGAAGACUGGAAACAUGCUGAGAUUGUUCUAAUCCCAAAGCCCGGCAAACCACCCAGCCUGAACAACCUACGGCCUAUCUCCCUUACAUCAUGUCUCGGGAAACUGUUCGAGCACGUUGUGCUUAACCGUCUGCAGCCCUUCGUCGAAGACACAGAAGCCUUCCCACACACCAUGUUUGGAUUCAGAGCCCACCUGUCCGCUCAAGACGUGCUUCUACAACUCAAAGAAGACCUCAUAGAUAAUAUAUCCUCCUGCAGCACCCAAGCUCUCCUCGCUCUAGACAUUAAAGGAGCUUUCGAUAGCGUCAGCCAGACCCUAAUUCUUCAGAACCUAGCCUCCACAGACUGCGGAGAGAAGACUUACAACUACAUAUGUAACUUCCUUCGCAACCGCACAGCGACCAUUGGCAUAGAUUCCAUCCGAACGGACCCUCUACCCGUCCCCAACAAGGGCACCCCACAGGGCUCCGUUCUCUCCCCCACACUUUUCAAUCUGGCCAUGCGCAAGCUGCCCGAACAGUUGGAGCAACGAUAUCUUACUUCGGGCAACUUGCAAUGCUCGGCCGAGAAAUCAGAGCUACUCCUCCUGCAUCGCCGAAACAAGCGGCACCCCGACCAGAAUAGCAAUAUCGAACUCUACCUCGAUGGCAGCAUCCCCAUCCCGACGGUGCCAAGGCUCCGGGUACUUGGCCUCCAUCUGCAGGCAGACGGUAGGGCAAACUACACCAUACAAACCCUCCAAAAAACAGUCACCCAAAUCAUGCGCAUGGUGGGACGCAUCACAAACCGCAAACACGGGCUCAAGGAGACCGACGUGAUCCAGCUCACCCAGGCUCUCAUCACCAGCCGCAUCACCUAUUCCAUCCCAUACCUCAACUUAAACCAGGGUGAGAAGAACAGAAUAAAUAUCCUUAUCCGCAAAGCCUUCAAGAUUGCUCUGGGCCUGCCACUUUACGCCGCCACAGAUAAGCUCCUAGCCAUGGGCGUACAUAACACCCUUCAAGAGCUCGUACAAGCACACCUAGCCAGCCAGCAAGAACGGCUCGCCCUCACCCCCACCGGCCGCACAGUCCUCCAGAACUUACACUUCCCGAUACCCAGCUCGGUGCGGAACACGGUUCGCCUACCAACGGCCAUACGAGACCACAUUCAAGUGGCCCCGAUCCCCAAGAACAUGCAUCCCAUCCUUCACUCCGGCCGCCGCAUUGCCCGAGCUCGGGCCCUCCAACACAAAUAUAGCAGCAAGGCAGACACCCGUUUUACUGACGCUGCCAUGUACUCGGAUCAACCAGCGGCCGCAGUCAGCGUGAUAGACCACGAUCUCAAGACGUGUGAAGACGCUUGA